AUGGGGUUUACCGACGAUAUCAAGGCGGAAUGGUUUCCACGGAGAGAUGCUCCCACACAGGUGCAAACAGACACACACAACGUCUCCUACAUCAGGCACGCCGAAUCCACCCUCGCUCUCUCAGCUGCCGAUCAGUUCCCCCCGGGCUACCUCUGGCAAUGUACCAUAGUCGUCUAUGCCGCAAGUGCGCAGCAGCUCAUGGAGCUGACGGGCCCUAACAACGCUACAAACUUUACCCCAGCAGACGACUGCGUCCAAAUCUUGCAGGGUAGCCAGAAGCACAUUGAGGUUAUGGGGCCCCUGGAUGGGUGGAGUCAGCGUGUUAUGGAUGAUGCGGAUUGGUUCUGGAGCAAAACUGAGGCUCGAGUUGAAGCAGCCAAGAAGGAAUUGCCGCCUAAGUAA